AUGGAGCGCAAGCCGCUGGCGCCCCCGGGCUUCUCCCGCACCUUUUACAAGCGCCAGCUGCCCUCCCCGCCUGCCAUCGAGUUUGCGUCCGCCCGGGGCAAGCAAGUGUUUGGCGAGGCGCUGGCGGACGGCACCGUCAACAACUUCUUCAAGCUCAUAGAGCAGUUCCGCACGCAGGACGAGCCGGCGUACUGCGGGUUGGCCUCCCUAGCCAUGACCCUCAACACCCUCAACAUAGACCCGCGCCGCACCUGGAAGGGGCCCUGGCGCUGGUUCCACGAGGAGAUGCUCGACUGCUGCCACCCGCUGCCCAAGGUGCGGGAGGAGGGCAUCACGCUGACGCAGGCGGCGUGCCUGGCGCGCUGCAACGGCGCGCGCGUGGAGCUCUACCCCUACGGCGCAGUCAGCCUGGAGGAGUUUCGGGGGAUGGUGGCGGAGGUGUGCAGCUCUGCGGAGGAGCACAUCAUUGUGUCGUACAGCCGGCAGGAGUUCCGGCAGACAGGCGACGGCCACUUCAGCCCCAUCGGCGGCUACAGCGCCCGCGAGGACCUGGCUCUCAUCUUGGAUACCGCACGGUUCAAGUACCCGCCCCACUGGGUACCGCUGCCCAUGCUGUACAAGUGA